CACCGGAAGGAAGAGAUCCACGGAACCGGCAGCAGAUGUCACACACCACUCAAGCUCACGUAAUGGCAGCGCGCACCACCGAGAUCCUUCACAGACACGGAAUCACAAUAAAAAGACAAAGGCAAAGACAGAUAGAAACAUUGGACGGCAACUAACUAGACGACUACGGAUACUUUGGUGUUAGUCCACCGGCUAUCCAUCCGUGGGUCAUUGGAGUAGGUAGGCUUGAAGAGGGCAGGGGUAACAGCACCUCAUUUAUUUGUGGGGACAAGUAUUGUGCUACCGGUAGUCUAGUACAGUAGUUGAGGAGAGCAGGUUCACCAGGUAGACAGACCAUGGCAAGCAGCACCGCCAUGGACGCUUCUCCUCCUUCUUCCAAUCGAGGGGAUCGUUCGUCGACAGCGAGAUUGGAUGCCGCUACACAAGAUCAGCAUAAUCGACGAAGGACUCUGAAAUCCUCUGGAAGCGGUCGAAGACGACGUCGACCGUCUGUGGACAAAGAACGACUUCCCGAGUCCUCUUUACAAGAAGCCUUGUUGGCCACCAAGGGAAGCUUGGAUUCUUCGGCAUAUUCCAAUGCUUCCAAGGCCACCACCGGUUCGUCUACCAGCAAGUUUCGCAUGGACAAUAGUUCUGCUUAUUCUUCUUCCACCAGUGGUUCCUUUCGUCGACAACAUCAGCAAUCGUUACUCAAUUCUAGCAAGGGAUCUCUGGGAGCUGCCAUGGCAGCCAACAACAACAGCAUCAACAACAAUAAUAGCAGUACUCUGUUGGAUGUUUCGGGACAAAGUCACUUGAAUUAUGCCCAAAAAUACAAGGUCGCACAUGAACUCAUGGAACACCAUCAUCGACGACGAAAACAAGUCUCCCCCAAUCAAUCACGGUCCACACGUCGACGCGGCAGUAACGAUGGUGCCAUUCCCAUUGUACCAGAUUCGUUGGAACCCCUCCGGCGCUCACGACGACGAGGCAGUAAUGAUGGAUCCAGUAUUGCAGAGGAAGGAGGCCAUGAGCGUUCCAAACAACAGCAACAACAACGAAGCAUGACGGACAAGUACAAAUCGAUUAGUCGUGUCGGCGGAAAUAGUCACUCCAGUCGACGACAUUCCAUGGAUUCGUCCGCGACGGGGGAGUCGACUCGUACAGGUGGUGAUAACAGCAGCAGUCGCAAUAAUCACAAACGGGGAGUCUCACGGACCAGUUCGGCACGAGCAACGGAAAAAUCAUUGACGGCUACGAGGCUCAAGAAAGCAUUUGGGGGGAACACUAAUACUAGUACUAGUACAGAGACCAAAGGAUCCGCCAGAACCAGCAGUAAGAGUCCGAAUCGAGGGGUCAGUCGACAGGCGUCCUUGCCAACCAACAAAAAGGGAGCACCACGAACCCGACAUGUCGAACGACAAAAGUCGGGGUCCGCCAACAACAACAAUGAGCGAGGACGCGGUGGCAAAGCGUCCAGGCGUUCCUCGAUGCCCAGCGACAGUGUGGGAAGCAGCGACGACGGUUCUACUACAAGGGCCAAACCAAGAAGAUAUUCGCACGCACUCAAAGACGUCACAGCGUCCAACAAAAAGGCUGAUUUGGCAACAUCAUUGGAUUCAUCCAUGCCGUCCUUGGCAGCCCUGGACCUUACUGGACACAGCAAUUUGACCUAUGGAACCAACAAGCGAAUUUCAGACUCGUCCUUCUUGACCAUGACCACCACAGAUGAUGAUAUCACUCUAUCGACGACAACCGCCAAAGUACCUCCCCAACAACCACCGCCAAGACCAGCUCCCCCCGUCGGGUUAAAACACGCCGGGUCGAUUAGUCUCCUCGUGGACAAUGCUCCAUCCCAUGCCGCCAAUCGAAGCAACAACAACCUCCUCAACAGCGAAAAUAAUUAUGCCAGUCAUGACGAUGCUGCCUCCGACGAUGAAGCGUCUACAAUUUGCAACAGCGUGGGAGAUGUUUAUAAUUCGGCGGCCAGCGUCGAUACGUCGGAUCCGACCGAACCAAACAAGGGGAUGAAUGAUAUGAGCCGUUCCGAUAAUAGUCACAGCAAUAGUCGACGCAGGGGGACAGACGAGGAUGCCACGCGGCGAAAGAAGAGCCCCAAGGCGCCACGAAGAAGGAGUCGUUCGAAACAAGAAUCGCGACGCGCCAACAGCCGACAUCAAAGCACCAGUAGCGAACGACGUCCCUCAAGGAGGGCAUCCGUGGCGACUAAUCGGAUGUCCAGGGGCGGUUCAUCUUCGUCAUUGCACAAGGAGGGCGACGACUACGAAAAACCAAAGUUGAAACGUGUGCAAUCAGCGUCGUCGGUGGGAAAGCGCUCCAAAGACAGCAGGGAAGAUGCUCCUCCGUUGAAACGCGUUCAAUCGACAUCGACCGUGGGGAAACGGGCCAAAGAUAACAACAGCAGUAAGGAAGAUGGCGCACAAGCACCCUCUCUAAAGCGUGCUCAGUCGGCGUCGUCGGUGGGGAAACGCUCCAAGGGCCAGCCACCCGCUGUCCAGCGCGGCACAUCCGAAGCCACCGGACCACGGCGCCAAAAAUCUGCUUCAUCGUUCAAAAGUGGUGGUUCCAUGAAAGACGCCUCUUCCAAAUCAGCUUCUGUUUCUGCCAGGCGCAAAGCAAAGAGAGCCCGCGAAAAGUCCAUCUUGUCCGAAAGCUUGUCAGCGCUCGAUGCCACAUGGGUUCGCGGGGGCAGUGCUUCCGGGGAGAAACAUGCGGAAGAUCAAGAAAAGCCACACAACAAGACACCGAUGGAUUCCAACAAUUCCAGCUCGCAAGGGAGCCAGAGUCGUCGCAGCAGCCAAAAGCCCCCACGACGUGCCAUGUCGAGUGGAUCCGUGUCUGUGGCAUCGUCGCAGGGAAGCGGACCCGAUCGAAGGCGGCGGUCCUCGACUAACAGACAAAGCAUGCCUGAACAACGAAGUUCGGAUGCCACUGCAACGUGGUCGUUAGCGGACAUUGAUGUGGUCGGAGACGGCGAUUGCAAGGAUGAGUCGGUGGUGACACCGGCGACCGUUUCGUCGUCGUCCGCCGAAGAAAAGUUGGAACUGGAAGUCUCUAGUAGGACGGCAAAGACAGGAGAGACGUUGCGUCGAACCAAGAGCACGGGGUCUCAUUUCGGGGGAAACAACAAAUCAGACGGAAAGAGCCACCGUCAAGCAUCACAAAAGAGUCUAUCGUCGGCAGCACGAAAGGAACAAAAGCGACAAGAGUCACAGAAAAGCACUGCCAAAAAUCCUUUUUCUGAGCCGUCUAAUAAAAGCGCCUUUCUGGUGAAGGCCGAUCAGCUGGACCCGUUUGGUUCUCAGCAUAACGAGCGCAGCGGAGGAACAGACCCUUUCGAUCCUUUCGCACCCAGUGUCGCGAAUGAUCCGUUUGGGCUCUCCAAGAAAGAGAAGCCAAAGACAAAGGUUGACGAUCUUGGGCCGUCCUUCCACUUGACCAAUGACUUUGGUGACUUUGGCAACGAGUCGUUUGGUUCUGUCAACUUCGACGGCCAGGAUGGUUUCGACGUUGUUCGCGGGGAAAAAUCGACAAGGUCGCUUCUUGGAUGA